AUGAGCUCUCAAGAGAAUAAUAACAAAAGUAUCAUGUUUGUAUCAGAAGGGCAUGAUUCAACUUCAUCUCAAAGUAAAGAAGUUGACAUACCUAUUCAAAAGGCUGAAGAAGAUAUUUCUACUAAAAAUACGGAAACACCAAAUGGGAAAAAUUGGAAAAAGCAAAAUUUGUUCUUGGAAAUUCCAUCAAGAACACCACAAGCUUCUUCAUCACAAGAAUCUGUUCAGAUCAAGAUUGGCCAAACAACGAUUCCGACUCCUAAGAAAGUAUAUUUCAAUCUCACACAAAGUCCUUCGGAUGUUAAAGCAAAUGGAGCUCCCACUACUUUCUCAUCAAGAUCCAAAUCUUCGAAGAAAAGUUUACUACCAAAAUUUAUGAACCGGAAUACAAUUCCGGAUACAGAAAAGACCGAUAGAAAUGUAAUUCCAUCGGUCUCGUCUUCCGUACCACAAGAGAAGCCUUCAAUCCCAAGAUCAUGGUCUCUUUCCAAAAUCUUUGGCCCUCAAAGGACAUCUUCUCUACCGGUCACCCCAGUUGCUCAAUCUGUAUUGGGCAACUCGGGUGGUUCCCUUAAUUUGGAGACUAAAGUUCAAGUGCAUAUAGCGCGGUCACGAUCAGUCCCGGUCCUCAAUGAAGAUAUAACAAUCAAAAGAAUGGAUUCUUUUUUCCGUGUGAUACCUUCAACCCCACGAGUGAAAGACUUCAACACCGUUUCACCGGUCCCUUCUCCAGCUCGUGACAAGGAUAAUGAAGAAGGAGAUGGUGAGGAUAUACCAGAAGAAGAAGCUGUUUGUAGGAUAUGUUUGGUUGAAUUAUGCGAAGGUGGAGAAACCCUAAAAAUGGAAUGUAGUUGCAAAGGCGAACUCGCAUUGGCUCAUAAAGAUUGUGCUGUAAAAUGGUUUAGCAUCAAAGGGAACAAAACGUGCGACGUAUGCCAUCAAGAUGUCCAAAACUUACCCGUUACCCUUUUAAGGAUUCAAAGCGUUGUCAGAAACCGAAACAAUGUUUCAAGUAGACCAAACCCCAUGGAAGUAGACGGAUACGGUGAUGUGUAUCGCGUAUGGCAAGAAGUGCCAAUUCUUGUUAUUGUCAGCAUGUUGGCAUAUUUCUGUUUCAUCGAGCAACUACUGGUUGGUGACAUGGGUACGAGUGCAAUUGCACUUUCUCUUCCCUUUUCAUGUGUUUUGGGUCUUCUUUCAUCCAUGACAUCAUCAACAAUGGUGAAAAAAAGAUUUGUUUGGCUAUAUGCUUCAGUUCAGUUUGCUUUCGUAGUAAUCUUCGCCCAUAUUUUCUACUCUGUGGUUCAUGUUCAGCCAGUUUUGUCGAUUCUUCUUGCAACAUUUGCAGGAUGUGGGGUUGCAAUGAGUGGUAGUUCGAUUAUUGUUGAGAUUCUAAGAUUUAGAAACAGAUGGCAUAGUAGAUCAGAUCAACAAAUGAAUUCCCAGAUUGUUUUGCGUCCAGAAUCAAGGCGCAUCCAAUUCCAAACUGCAUCUUCUUCUUCUUCAUCAUCUUCUCAUGCUCGUGAUAUUGAAAUUGGGAAUACAAAUCGCAGAGGAAGCUAG